AUGGGGCAGGACUUGGGCGCAAUUCCCUCCGAGAUCCACGUUCCUGGGAGAACGGGGGACCCACUUAUUCAAAGCGCUGUUGUUUCUGAGAAGACUGUGGGGGAAGGAAAAACCCUCAGUACUGGGAGAACUGGGAGUGGAACCACCCCCCGGGUUCCGGCUGGGGGCUGCAUCCAGGAGGGAUCCCCCAGCGGGGAUCGGGACGAAUGUGUGGAAAUGAGACCUCUUUGCCUGCGGAGGAGGAGCCUGGGGCCAGAGGAUCAGCCAGUGACGGUGGCAGAUUAUGCCAACUCAGACCCAGCUGUCGUGAAGUCUGGUCGGGUGAAGAAAGCUGUGGCCAAUGCAGUGCAGCAGGAAGAAAGCCUGCUGCAAGAAUUAAGAUUUGCGGGGACUGCUGGCCUGCACCUCUCUGCUGAGGCUCGUUUUCCUGCUUGUGCAUCUCCUCCUCGAGCCUCUGCUCCUCUGGUGACGGUGGCAGAUUAUGCCAACUCAGACCCAGCUGUCGUGAAGUCUGGUCGGGUGAAGAAAGCUGUGGCCAAUGCAGUGCAGCAGGAAGUAAAAUCCCUGUGUGGCUUGGAAGCUUCCUGUGUCCCUACUGAGGAAGUUCUCUCCGUGUCAGGAGAGUCCUGUGACAGCAGCGAUGAGAUGGAUACCAAGGAGAGCAUCAACGGGAGGGCUGCCUCGAGGAAAAAGAAGAGCAAAAGGCACAAAGAAGACGCUGAUGGGGGAGGAGGAGAGGAAUAUCCCAUCGACAUCUGGCUGCUCCUGGCUUCCUACAUCCGCCCUGAGGACAUCGUCCGGUUCUCUCUGAUCUGCAAGAAAGCCUGGACUGUCACUUGCACUGCUGCCUUUUGGACCAGGCUCUACAGAAGGCACUACAGCCUGGACGCGUACCUGCCGCUGCGCCUGCGGCCCGAGUCCAUGGAGAAGCUGCACUGCCUGCGCGCCUGCGUCAUCCGCUCCCUGUUCCACAUGUACGAGCCCUUCGCCGCGCGCCUCUCCAGGAACCCCGCCAUCCCCGACAGUACUCCCAGCACUUUAAAGAAUUCCAGAUGUCUGCUUUUCUGGUGCAAAAAGAUUGUAGGGAACAGACAAGAAGCAAUGUGGGAAUUCAACUUCAAGUUCAAAAAGCAGUCUCCCAGAUUUAAGAGCAAGUGUUGCAAAGGUCUCCAGCCCCCAGUCCAGUAUGAGGAAGUGCACACAAACCCUGAUCAGGAUUGCUGCCUGCUGCAGAUCACCACCUUCAACUUCAUCUUCGUGCCAAUUGUCAUGGGCAUGACCUUCACUUUGUUCUCCAUCUCGGUGAGCACGGACAUGCGGCACCACCGCGUGCGCCUGAUGUUCCAGGACACGCCCGUGCGCAGCGGGAAGAAGCCGCGCGUGGAGCAGGGGGUGCAGGUGGUAUUGGACCCUGUGCACAGUGUCAGGCUCCUGGAUUGGUGGCACCCACAGUACCCCUUCUCCCCAAAGGCUUAGUGCUGUCUGAGGCUGCAGGAGCCUGAAUCUGGCAGGCUGAAGAGAAUUUCUAGGAACCAGGAAAUCCUAUUUUUAUUUCUGAAAUAAAUUCUGCAGUCUCCUUGCAAGUGGCUGAAGCUGCUGAGCUAGUUUGUAUGUAUAUAACUUCUGGUCAGUAAUGAGCAGAGCUGAGUGUAAAGCAGAAACUAUUUGUAAACACACUUUUAUGUAAAAUUGACAUUUUAUGGUUUGAAAGG